AUUCUCACCAUCUUUCUCAUCUUGCUCCUUUCCAUUUCUUGCAUCUGUUACUUGCCUCUUUCUUCUUCAUCAUGACUCUUUUUGGCAAAAUCAGCACUGAAAUUGGUGUUCAUGCAACUGCUGAAAAGUGGUACAACCUCUUCGCAACUCAACUACAUCAUGUUCAAAACCUUGCUGACAGAGUUCAUGGAACCAAGCUGCACCAGGGUGAAGACUGGCAUCAUAAUGAGUCCAUCAAGCACUGGACUUAUGUCAUAGAUGGAAAGGUUACAACAUGUCAUGAGAGUAUUGAAUCCGUUGAUGAAGCAAACAAAACAAUCAACUACAAACUCUUCGGUGAAGAGAUCGAUGACAAGUUCAAGGUGUUUAGGCUCAUAUUUCAAGCAACUGAUAAGGAGAAUGGAAAAGCUAUCAUCAAAUGGACCAUUGAAUAUGAGAGGGUUGGUGAAGAAGUUGAACCUCCAUACGGCUACAUCGAGUACGUGCACAAAUGCACUAGUGACAUUGAUGGUCAUCUUCUCAAGGCAUAGCUCAAAAACUUAUGUAUAAAAAGAAAAGAAAAGAAAAGAAAUAAUGAAUGUGUUUGAGCAGAAGGAUUCUUAUAUAGAUCCUUCCUUUGUAUUAAAUAAAUUUGGAUAUGCAUGUAAUGAGUGACGCCUUCAAGUGUGCUAAGUUUCAUGUUAUAGUGCUCGUUGUGAUGCACAUAAUGCAUAUUUAUUGUUCA